GUUAUUUUAUCUGUGUGGUAAGAAACUUUUGAGAAGUUUGGCUAUACUUGAAUCUUCAAGCUUGAUUUGGAAGAUUCUUGAGAAGUUGCUUCAGGAUUUGGUUGUUUUUGGAACCUUUUGAGACAUUUCCCCGGGAACUUUAGAGAAGGAAUUGCUUUAUAGUGCUUGAAAUUUGAAAGGGCUUGUUUUUUUAUCUUCAAUUUAUGUUCGGGAAAGUAAUAUGGUAGCGGAUAUGGAUUUUUCACCUCCAUGUGAAAUCACAGAAGAUAGUUAUAGUAAGGAUGAUGUAUCAGACAUGGAAAAUGAAAAUUUGGAUAAUGUAAAACGGGUUUCCCUUGGUAAACCUCCCCGCCACCUCUCGGUUAUGUGCCAUUCCAUGGGUUCGGCAAAGUUGAUUGCCGAGGCUAACUUGGAAUUGGAUAUUGGUAUUAUAGUCCACAAGUCAUCUACUGAUGAAAAGAGCAAGUUUUUGCCUGUAUUACGAUCAGGAAGCUGUGCUGAAAUGGGACCUAAACAGUAUAUGGAGGAUGAACACAUUUGCAUAGACGAUCUUAUUGGACAUCUAGGGACAUCUGCGGAGGUUCCUUCUCCGGGAGCUUUCUACGGGGUUUUUGAUGGUCACGGAGGAACAGAUGCAGCCUUAUAUAUUAGGAAGAAUAUCCUUAAAUUCAUAGUUGAAGACUCGCAUUUUCCAAUUUGUGUGGAGAAGGCAAUCAAGAGUGCUUUUCUAAAAGCAGAUUACUCAUUUGCGGAUGCUAGUUCUCUUGAUAUAUCGUCUGGCACCACCGCAUUGAUUGCACUUGUUUUCGGAAGGACCUUGAUUAUUGCAAAUGCUGGAGAUUGUCGAGCUGUGUUGGGAAGGCGGGGUAGAGCGAUAGAAAUGUCCAAGGACCACAAACCUAAUUGCACAUCUGAAAGACUAAGAAUUGAGAAGCUUGGUGGAGUAAUUUAUGAUGGCUACCUCAAUGGUCAAUUAUCUGUGGCACGAGCACUCGGAGAUUGGUACAUGAAGGGCCCAAAAGGAUCUGCCUGUCCUUUAAGUGCAGAGCCGGAGCUGCAGGAGACAGAGUUAAGUGAGGAGGAUGAAUUCUUGAUAAUGGGAUGCGAUGGACUGUGGGAUGUUAUGAGUAGCCAGUGUGCAGUGACUGUGGCAAGGAAGGAGCUGAUGCUUCAUAAUGAUCCUGAAAGAUGUUCAAGAGAGCUUGUGAGGGAGGCACUGAAACGCAACACUUGCGAUAAUUUAACAGUAAUCGUGGUUUGUUUCUCCACAGACCCUCCACCGCGAAUAGAAAUACCCCAAUUCCGUGUUCGGAGGAGCAUAUCAGCGGAAGGACUGAAUUUUCUAAAGGGUGUGCUGGAUGGGAACUGAUGAAAUAGCGGAUAAAUGAAAAGAGGCUGUGCAUAAAGACGGUGGAGUUCAAAUGGUGGUGGCAUGUUUCUCCCAAGUGGCUGCAGGCGAACAUCCAUCGACGUUGAAGGGCAUAGUUAGCACGUGAUUCUUUACGAGUUAUUAAAUCCUGCACAUCUGAGAUAACUCAGGUAGGUUGUACUUGUAGGGAUUGGCAGGAUUAGAUAGAUGUUCAACCCUUUUUUACUUUCUUUCUUCCUUCAUCUGCUUACUCCCGUCCUGUGUAAAUAAACUGAAUCUUGAGAGAUAUGUUGUAGCAGUUUUUCAGUGAAUCAAAUAAUUGCUAUCAUUGACAAUUUGGUUU